CCCCCCCCCCCCAACAACCCAUCAUGGCUCACCAACAACCCUCAUCUAGCUGUCCGCGGGGAGAUCACGACCUCACCUGUCCGACCUCCAGGAGACGGAGGAAAGUGUCUGUGUCGUGGUUCUCCACGAGUCUCCCUGUCUUCUGUUCCCUCCUGUGGGCGCUAGCAGUGGUGAUCCCUGCAGUGGCGGCGUCGAGCGCGUGCAGCUACAACUCUGCUCACACUCUGGCCAACUGCAGCGCGCGACGGCUCAGCUUCGUGCCCUGGGGCCUCCACAAGAACAUCCUGACCCUUGACCUCAGCACCAACUUUCUGCCCGUGCUGGCCAACCAAAGCUUCAUCUCCUACCCGUUCAUCGGCCAGCUCAUGCUGCGCAACAACUCCAUCCAGCAGAUCGAGGACCGCGCCUUCCAGCGUCUCUCCAACCUGCGCGUGUUGGAUCUCAGCAACAACCUGUUGGCCGGCGUGCCCGCCACGCCACUGCGGACUGUGUCCACGUCACUGGUACAGCUGGUGCUGUCGGGCAACAAGAUCUACACCGUGCCCAGCGGCGCCUUCUCGCAGCUGGUCAACCUCAAACACCUGGACCUCAGCGGCAACUCCAUCUUCAACAUCGACCACGGCGCCUUCGCCAACCUGCGCGCCAUGGAGGUCUUCAAGAUCCACCGCAACGCGCUCAAGUCGCUGCCGCACGACGCGUUCGACGCCUUCCCGGCGGAGCGUGUCUCUCAGGUGCAGCUCUACGACAACCGCUGGUUCUGCGACUGCCGCAUGCGCUGGCUCCGGCGGUGGAUCAACGCCACGGACGCCGGAGUCUGGGACACGUCGGGCUACCCUGUCCGCUGUGACGGGCCCGCCAUCGUGCGGGAGAAGCUCUUCGCCACGCUCCCGAUGGACGAGCUCGCCUGCGAGGUGCAGAUGAAGACGAGCAGCUCGACGCGCGAGCUUGCGGAGGGCGCUAACGUGACGCUGGUGUGCAAGUACUCGUCAGUGCCCGAGGCGGAGGCACGGUGGUUGCUCAACGCGGAGAUCAUAGACCCGGCCAGCCAGCCGCUCAAGUACAGCAUCGACUCGCAGGCCGUCGAGGGAUACAGCGGCGAGAAGACGCAGAUCUCAGAGCUCAAGAUCAGGAACUUCCGCUACGAGGAUAUCGCAAGAUACGAGUGCUUUGUCCAAAAUAUCCGCGGCGUGGGCAGCACGCAGUACCGGCUGACGCUAGAGGGCGUGGACUUUGGCGUGGUCACCCCCGCCCCUUCCAACGGUGAGCAUCACGACAAGGCCGGCGUGGACACUCGCAGCGUGGUCAUUGCCGUGGCCGUGGUGUCCGGCAUCGUCCUGCUCAUCGUCAUCGGCGUGCUCAUCUUCUGUAGCGUCAACCGCAUGCAGAGGAAGAAGCAGAAGAAGCAGGACGCCAUUGUGGAGAAUGUCAAACAGCACUUCAUCAACAACAGCGAGGUUGUGAGCAACAAAGACCUGGACGCCUCCAAACUGGGCAGCGGCAAGAUGGAGGACCAGGUGGACGGCGGCCACGAGGAAGACCACUGCUCCGCCUCCGACCACACCAACGACAGCAACCUCACGGCGCUCAAACGUCCUCUGGACCUGGACGAGUCGGAGCCGCUGUACAUCUUCGAGCAGCCCGGCUCCCCCUUCAACAACGGAAACACCUACGUCUCCUUUGGCAGCGAGAUCACGGACCCCGGCGACGAGUACACCCCCCCGCCGCCCCUCCCCGUCGCCAACCACGCCCCGCCCCACCACGGCUACCCGCCCCGCCAGCCCAGCUCCCGCUACGAGAGCUCGCACGCCGGCUCGGCCACGCCGCUCCUAGACCGCUACACGCCGUCCGUCUUUGACUCGGACGAACCCGUGGAGGACUACGCUCAGUACCCCGUCUACGACUCGCUCACCAACUCCCUGCAGCAUCCCCACCACCACAGCAGCAACAACUACAGCCACAAUCCCAACCACCAGCAUCACAACAACAUCUACAGCCAGGCGGGCGACGGCAACAGCGCAUUCCACAGUCUGGCCACCAGCGCGCCUCCCCUGCGGAACGAGAGCGUGAGCAGUUACAGCAGCGGGGAGCGGGGCGGGGGCCGCGGGGAGCCGGCCAAGAGGCUGAGCAGCUUCCACUACCCGCCAAGCGUCAACGGCUCCAUGCCGCGCACGCCGGGCAGCACGCGCUCCACGCUGGCGUUGGCGCCACGCUACGCGAUGUCGGAGAACCCUUACUCCAUCGAGGGCAGCCCGCGCGCGGGAACGGCGGACAUCUACGGCUACCACCGGCCCGUGCCCAACACGAUAGACUACCGCGACUACCGCGACAUGCGCUAUCCCGGCGCCACGCCACCGCCGCCGCCCCACCGCAUCACGCCGGGGAAGAAGAGCAUGUCCGUGGGUAACCUGGGCUACUCGCCGCUCGCCACCGGCCCCGCCCCGCCACAGCCCACCAACACGGGUCCCCGCAAGCCACCCCGGCUGUUCCAGUCCCGUGAGUACAUGGAGCUGACCCCACAGGACAGCGGCGCGGGCGGAGACUACAUCACGUCUCCCGAGGCGCACCAGUACAGCCAGAGCUACGGCAUCACGCCCGGCACCCCUGUCUGACACGCCUGGCGGGAUUAACACGCUCUAUCUACACCCAGCGCCGCCUACGCCCCGCCAUCAUCGCCCACGCUCACACACACACACACAAACGCUCACACACACAGAGACGCACACACACACACACACACACACACACACACACACACACACACACACACACACGACACACACACACACGCGUGACUCCAUCUGCACAGAGCAAUGACGACGCCAGGGUCGAAAAUGUCCAUGGAAGACAUCAUCAGGGUUGGCGAGAAGAAUCAGUCAAAAAAAACUUGCCAAUAUAAAUUCAGAACCCUGUUCCUAUCACGAAUGAAUUAUCAGUACACGUUUAAAAGGUGUGGAGAUUGGCACCGAUGUAUCUCUUCGCCUGCUACGGAAAGGAUUACUUACCCUAACCCUCAAAUUAUGGUGUGUGUGCGUGCGGUUGAAGACGUGGGCUUUUCUUAGAGGCGAAGAACGGCCGGCAUCUGGAAAUGCCAGGAUUUAUUCACAGGGUCCAAACACGGUGGUGCAUUUCUCGCCGUGUGUUACUACCCACCGACAAGGGGGUACUUAGUAACGUGAACACUACACGAAGGAGUUCCUAAAUGUUACACUUCGAAAAUAAGGAACUUUCCUGUCCCAAAACCACUCGGAUGGGUUCGUUAUCCCAGGAUUACUCGAAUGGGGUCCUAAUGGAACGUGGGAAUAAGGAACCUUCCUUUCCCAAAAUCAGUCAGAUGGGUUCUUUUUCCCAGGAUCACUCAAAUGAGUUUCUAUAUGGAACGUGGAAAUAAGGAACCUCACUUUCUCAACGUCACAUAAAGGAGCUUCUAAAUAACAUGAGGAAAUGAAUACAUUUUCUCCCCGCCCCCCACCCCCAAAACUCCCCAACACUUCGGUCCACUGAGAAUGUGGCCAACAAUUGACAGUUGGAUACUCUGGGCCCACUCUCGGAUACCUUGUCAGCGGAAAUGUGCAAGCCAUAGGAGGAGUAG